AUGUCGAGUCUCUUUCAGGAGCAGAAGACAUUUGGUGCCGAGGUAUCCACUAUAAAGAGACCCAUGCAGGAGCAGAAGUCAUUUGUUGCCGAGGUCUCCACAGAGGUCGGAGACCUGUGUAGAAUACAUUGUAUCACUGCGAAAACGGCGCAUUUAGAUGGUAUCAAAAAGCUUGUAGUUGACUCUGUGGAAAAUAACAAAGGUAUGAAGUCCUCAUCAAAGAAGGAAAAAUCUGUCGGCUUUAUUGAGCCUAGGAAAAAUGAACACGGUGACAUUAGAGUCGGUAAGAAUGACGUUAAUACAGACGAUUACGUGUCAGAUUCAACUUCCAGUACAAGUAGUACCCCUAUCAUAACUUCCAUCAAUUAUAGAGGUAUUGAAAAUGAACGAGAAAACAUAUUAAAAGAGAAAUUACAACAUCAGACCGAGCAGAAAAACAACUUGAUAAAUAAACCUGUUAAAACCGAUAAAACUGGCAAUGUCAACCAUGUAAAUGACAAAGAAGAUGGUGUGGCGACCACCACAGUUUCAUAUGAAGCCGACGAAGUCACCAAGGCAAGCAAGGUUAAAGCCGAUAAGGUCACACAUCGAAAAAAUGUAGAAAAUAAUUUAAACACUCUUGAAAAAGAACAAUAUAAAAGUGUUCAUCCAAUAAAUGAUGAGAAACAAAAAAUAGAAAUAGACAAAACUGAAAUUAUUGAAAUGAAAAAUGAAGUAUCAGACACACCAGUAGUAAACUCCCUGAAUGUUCAAAAGGACAGCCAUGUGCUACUCGACAUACUUGGAAAAGAACAACAAUUUUUGAAAGUUCAAUCUGAUGUGAAAGCAAAUAAAUUUCCUGAUAAUGAACAAAUACAUGAAAAUGCAUUAAAACACGAACCUGAAUUGAAAACUGAGCAAUCUGGAAAACUAUCCAUUAAAUUACCAGAAUCUAAAGUUAACACGAUGGUUCAAAGAGACACACGAAAGGAAAUGCCAAGUGAAGCGAAUGUGGGACCAGAAGAAGAGAAAAAACAAGUUGAAAUGCUUGCGCGGAAAUAUUCAGGUACUCUGAAUGAGACAGAUUUACCGCGACAGCGUGACACGUAUACACAGAGACUCCGGAAUAAGCUUGUUCAGACAGGCAGGUAUGACCUCAUUGAGAACAAGAACUGUAAGAAAAGACUACCCACGUGUCUUAUUAUUGGCGUUAUGAAAGCAGGAACAGAAGCUUUCUCCACCUUUUUAGGUGUUCAUCCACAAGUAGCGAUGCAAUUUGGAUACGCAGCAAUGGUAUUUUUCAGCAGUGAUCAAUUCGAGAAUGGAUACGAAUGGUAUAAGGAACGAAUGAUGUGCAGUACCAAAGAUCAAGUUACGAUGGAAAAAUCACCACAGUAUUUCUCAUCACCAGUGGCACCGAAGCGAAUCCAUGACAUGGACCCCAAGAUGAAACUUAUCAUCUUAGUUCGAGAUCCAGUUUCUAGAGCACUAUCCCACUUUUUACAACAAAAAAGUUCCAACCCAGACCGUCUGAAGGCACCGACGUUUGAAGAAUGUGUGUACAACAAGAAGACGAAAACAGUGAUAUCGGAUAGCCAUUACGUGAUGCAGUCAACAUACAGUGUUAUAUUGAAACGAUGGUUACAGUAUUUUCCCUACAAACAAAUCCUUAUCAUCGACGGUGACACUUUUAAAAAGAAUCCUACUCGGAGUUUGAGCAAGACGGAAAGUUUUCUAGGUAUAGACCACUCCAUCAGCAAAGACAGACUUUAUUUUAAUAAAGAGAAAGGAUUUUAUUGUUUAAGAAUAAAUUCUACGCUUCCAGAAGAUUUGGAUAUGUCCUGUUUCGGCAGUGAAAAAGGACGACCACAUCCUGCAAUUGAACCGGAAGUAGAGAACGCUUUAUUAAAAUACUUUCAGCCGUAUAAUGAAGAAUUUAUGAAAAUCACUGGUAUGAAAAUGAGGUGGUCAAAAUAAAUACAAUAUUCAACUAACACAGUUUUCAGAUUAAGUAGAGCGAUUUUAAUUUCGAGUACAAAUAUACACGUGAAGUUACAGACCUAUUUAUUAGUAGCACACUAUUAUCCGAUACUUUCAUACUUUGUAUGGUGUUGUUAAUUUUUGUCAAAUUUCCUUAUUUAGCGACUUUAUAAACUUAUUGGUUAUCAUGAACAUAAAGUUUCAUUGAAGUUUCAUAAUGCAUGCAUAAUUAUUUUGUUAAAUAAAUAAAUAAAUAAAUAAAUAAUAUAUCUUACGUGACUUUAAACGUAUGUGACAGUACACAGUUCCGUAUGUAUGACUUUGUACAUGUUACUGUUCGUUGUUGGGUACAAAAGAUAUAGUUUAUGUUCAAAUAAAGUUGGUGCAUAUAGCUUUCAUUUUUGACCUGUAACAUGUGUAUAAGGUCC